UUUAACUUCUCAAGAUUUGGAAACUUCCUUCUGGCGGGCAGUUACUUCUUUGGGGUUUUGGUGAACGAAUAUAAAGAAAAUGAAAAUAUUGCUUAUACUUCUUUGAGACCAAUACAGACUACAACUUUAGGGAAAACAGCUAAGGUUUAUCUUUCCCCAUUUUCGCUCAGCAAUUCCAAGCUAGGCCUAUUUAAGUUGUCCGAAUCCCCGGUGGAAAAGAGUUCUAGUAAUGCAGUGUGUAAGAAGACCAGCCUGAAGAAAGCUUGCAGAACCGUUUUAACUCCAAAGAUGAAGGCCUUAUCCUCCAAGGCAGAAUCCGGUCUGCUGAAACUGUCCUCGGAAGCUUAUCCUCAGAGUACCAAGCUGGAGCACAGGAGCACGUCAGACUCAGGGCCUCUUGGUGCGGACGUGCACAGCAGCGACGAGGACAGCGCCCCAGGCCUGGAUGACUUUUCAACAUUGUCACCUUAUGAGAGGAAGAGAUUGAAGAACAUCAGAGAAAAUGCAAACUUUUUUGCCUCCCUUCAGUUAUCAGAGUCAGCUGCAAGGCUCCGUGGAAUGAUAAAGAAGAGACAGCCACCUGAGUCAAAGAGAAAGAGGCCUAAGAAGAAAGAAAGCGAGAUCGGAUGUCGCCGGUCCAUGCGGUUGUUGAAAGUGGAGCCGUUGGGAAUUUCCUCACCAUCAGCAGAACCAGCAUUAGAAGAGGAAGGAAUUCCUUUGUUACCUCCUGGACCCUUAGAAAUGAUUCCUGAAAACCAAGAUGACAGCAGUGAACUGUUGAAAGCAUCUUUGAAGACAUGGGCAGAGAUGAGCAGGAUGAGUAAUGAGAAGACCAAGAAGGGCCUAUCCAGCGUUAAAAGCUACAAAGCCUAUUUAAGUGGUAUGGUCGUCAGUGAGGCUACGGUUCGUAAAGUGACCAAAGGGGCCAUCUCCUCUGUGGCCAUCCACCCAUCAGAAGUGAGAACCCUGGUAGCAGCAGGGGCCAAGUCUGGGCAAAUCGGACUUUGGGAUUUGAGCCAGCAGGGCGAAGAUGAAGAUGGAGUGUAUGCCUUCUGUCCUCACAGUCAGCCUGUCAGCUGUCUGUACUUCUCACCCAGCAAUCCAGCCCACCUUCUGUCCCUGAGCUAUGAUGGCACACUGCGAUGUGGGGACUUUUCCAGCGCCGUUUUUGAAGAGGUGUACAGGAACGAGACAAAUUCCCUCUCCUCCUUUGACUUCUUGGCCGACGAUGCCUCCACCCUGUUAGUGGGACACUGGGAUGGACAUUUGUCACUGGUAGAUAGACGGACACCUGGAACUUCCUAUGAGCAGUUUUUUAACUCCUCUUUGGGAAAAAUACGAACUGUUCAUGUCCACCCAGUAUCCAGACAGUAUUUUAUCACAGCAGGAUUGAGGGAUAUUCAUAUUUAUGAUGUGAGGUGCCUGAACUCCAGGAGGAGCCAGCCUCUGCUCUCCCCGACUGGACACUCGAAGAGCAUUGCCUCUGCGUACUUUUCACCUGUUACUGGUAACAGAGUGGUGACCACGUGUGCUGACUGUAAGCUGAGAGUCUUUGACAGCAGCUCCAUAUCUUCCCAGAUUCCUCUCCUCACCACCAUCAGGCACAACACAAUCACUGGGAGAUGGCUAACGAGGUUCCAGGCUGUGUGGGACCCUAAACAAGAAGAUUGCUUCAUAGUUGGUAGCAUGGCCCACCCCCGGCGGGUGGAGGUCUUCCAUGAGACGGGAGAGACCGUGUAUUCUCUUCUGGGAGAAUGUCUUGUAUCUGUGUGUUCCCUCAGCGCGAUGCAUCCUACUCGCUAUAUCCUGGCUGGAGGUAAUUCCAGCGGGAGGGUGCAUGUUUUUAUGCACCAAGAAAGCCUCUGAGCUACUGGGUAGGUUCAACAAAUUGCUGAAAAUUGUUCUGUGGCUAAAGAACCUCGAGAUUUCUCUCACUCGGUGUAGUGCAUUUGUUGAGUUAUUUGUUAUAUUUAGCAAAUAUGACAUUGCUUUCUCGGUGAGACCUCUGUGCAGAAUGUGGGAUUAGCAGGGGAGGAACUUUAAGGCCAUCUCUAGAGGAUGAGGUGGGGACCUGGAGCAGAAAUUGGGAUGCUUUCAGCACUCUCUGCUUGAUUGAGACAGGGUAAUUUGUAGUCCAGCUCAGACUCUGUAGUCAGGAAUGACCUGGAACUCAUGAGCCUCUUGCCUCUACCUAUUAAGUGCCAAAACCCCAGGCGUGGACCACUGCGCUCAGCUCAGCAUCGCUCAGCACUUUCCAUUAGGCUGCAUUCUGAGAAAUCCUAACAAAUUAGAAAGCUUUGAACGGCUGUGAUUAACUCUCUGGGAUAUAAUGGGAGACUAUCCGCUGCAGUAGUGAUCUGUAGAUCCGUGAUUUAUUUAGUUUGGGGUGAAUAUUUAUUUCUUACACUGGAAUAGGUCCUAAAAGGUCCUCUAAGUCUAAUGAUGAAACAUUAUUGGACCCCAGGGACACCUGCUGGGCACAUAGUCUGCUAUUGACUCAAAUACCCCCGCUCUGAAACUUAAUGUGUUUUGCUUUGUUGCUGACUGGACCUCCCUAUGAAGCCCAGGCUACCCUUGAACUUCAGUCUCACUUUCCCAAGUACUAAUUCCAUAGGUUUGUACUACCGUGCCCAGCCAGAACUUAGUUUGGUAAGCUAAGAACCUCUUUGGGGAUCCAUGUUUCUCAGUUCAGUGUCACUCAAAAUUCCACUGGGGCUCGAGCCUGCACACUUAGAGCUCUGCCGUCUGCUUUCUCUGGGAAGCUCCUGGAAUGGGUCAGGACUGCACUGUGUUUGAACUUGCAUCUUUAACUAUAUUCUCAUGUUUCACUGUGUACAGACUGGGCUCCAGGCAAGGCUUGUAGUUUUUCACAUGAAAUUAGUAACCCCAGCAUUUGAGAGGCAGAAGCCAGAGAAUCCAGAGUUCAAGGCCAGCCUGGCUCACCUUCCCUUGCCCCCAUAUUAAUAAAGCACAGAAAAAAACAAUUCAGAUGUUUUUAUUUUUUAAGUAGAGUAUUUAAAAAGAAAACUUAGUUCCAUAUGCACACAUAUAGGGUAUAUGUUUAUGUAUAUUCUGCUGAAUCGGUGGCCUGGUGUCACAGUGUAGUCAACCUUUUCCAUUGCUGUUUGUCAAAGUUACUUCUGAAAGGCUUAGAGUUUAGGCAGUAUGUUUGGAUUGUAAGAGGGAAUACUCAAUUAUACGUCACAAAUAAAAUGAUAACGAAUUUUCUUUCAAUAAUUUCUCGAGUAAUCUUCUUUAUAGUUAAGAAUCUAAAGGCUAGAAAUGGCUCAGCAGUUAAGAGCACUGGCUGCUCUUUCAAAUGACCCCAGUUUGAUCCCCAGCACCUACAUGGUGGCUCACAGUCACGCUGGACUCCAGUUCCAGGGGAUCCAGUGCCGAGUUCUGGUCUCUGCAGGGACCGCAUACACGUGGUAUCCAGACGUACAUACAGAACUCUCUUAACAUAAGAUUAAAACAAAGGUGAAAAAAAAAUCUAAGAAUUAAGUGUGGUGGCCCACGACCUUAAUCCCAUCACCCGGGAGGCAGAGACAGGCAGAUCUCCGAGUUCAAAGGUAGUUCAGUCUACCUAGUGGAUUCCAGGCCAGCCAGUGGGAACCCAUCUAAAAACAAACGAAAUUAAGUAUUGGAGGCUUAGUUUUCAUAAUUAUGGAUAAUCAUAAGGAAAUGGUAGUCCUGUUUCAUAGCUGAUACAGGGUUUUUCCCAGUUUUAUUUAUUCACACACAUAUAUACACAUGCACUGCAUGUUUGUUGCCCAGGAGGUCAGCGAAGGGCAUCAGAGCCCCUGGAACAUUUGAGCCACCAUGUGGGUGCUGAGAUCUGAACCUGGGUCCUCUGCAAGUACUGAGCCAUUCAUCUCUCCGUGGAUUGUGAACUCGAGAAAGUGGAACCAGUUACAAGAUUUUUGUUUUUAAAAAAAGACCCAUUCUCUUACGAUAUUUAAAUAUUUAUUAACUUUAAAAAUAAUCUUCAUGGCACCAAUGAUUUUCUGCUAACUACACACUGCAUAUGUAGAAAAAAGUACAUUGCUUUGAAGGAAAACGUAACUUAGAUUUUGGCACACAAAAGGUUAACAGCUCUAGAUCUUUAAAUGAAACUAAGAAAUUCACAUUUGUAGGUAGGUUACCCUCUACUUCCUAAAGGUACGGGACACUAUUCAGUAUCGUCUCCUCUGCUCAACGAUGCUA